AUGGCAGGAAUGAUUCAGAGUAACUUGCCUGUGUUUGAUGGAAAGAACUUUGAGGAUUGGUGCAUCAAGAUGGAUGCAAUCCUCGGUUUCCAGGAGAUUGAUGAGAUCGUGAAAACUGGGUUUAAAGAACCCGAAAAGAGUGCCACAGAAGAAGAAAAGAAAGCGUACAAAGAAAACAAGAAAUUGGACUGUAAAGCUCGUAUAAUUUUACAUCAGUGCAUUUCGUCAACAAUAUUUCAAAAGGUAUCGAAGGCAACAACAGCUAAAGAAACACGGGAGAUUUUACAGGAUGGAUAUGGUACUGCUGGAAACAUGAAAGAAAUAAAGCUUCAAUCACUGAGACGACAAUAUGAACUCCUACAGAUGGGAGAACAUGAAACUGUUGAAGGCUACAUCGGUAGAAUUCAGGUGAUUGUUAACUCAAUGAGGGCUUGCGACAAGAUUGUCAAGGAUAAGAAAAUAGUCCAUAAAAUCCUAAGGACUCUAACGCCUCAAUAUGAUCACAUAGUCGUAGCAAUUCUGGAAAGCAGAGACCUGGAAAAAUUGGAAGUUGAAGAGUUACAGAACUCUCUUGAAGUGCACGAGCAACGUCUGUUGGAAAGAAAGGCCGCAGAACAAGAAGUUGCUCAGAACAUUAAUCAAGCCCUUCAUGUCAAGACCCUCAAGAAUCGCAGAACCGAGAGAGGUAGAGGCAGGUUUCGCGGAGGUCGUGGAGGCAGAAAUGGUGGUAGAUGCAAUACUGAUCAAAACAAGGAUGUGGAAGGUAAUGAACAAGGCAGUGGUAGGGGUAGAGGAAAACCCAGGGGCAGAGGCGGCAGAAAGAAUCAAGAUAAGAGGAAUAUACAAUGCUUUACAUGCAAUAAGUAUGGUCAUUAUUCCUCUGAAUGCUGGCACAAUGAUAAUGUGAAGAAAGAUCAAUGUGAUGAAGUGAAUCUUGCGAAGGAAGAACUUGUUUCAGAUUCGGAGCAUAUUGCUUUAAUGAGCGCUGUCUCGGUUAAAAGAAAUGCUGAUAAGUGGGUGAUAACACGUGAUGACUCCAUGCAUUAUGAGAGUGGCAGAAACAAGGACAGAUGUGCUAACAACGCUGCUUAUGAGAGACAGGUGUUGUUAUCGGAAGAAACAAGUUGUGCAAAGAAUGAGGUGUCAACACAAACUAUCCAAAUCAAACAUGUGUCGCUGGCAGGAGAAACAGAUCAUGUAAAAGAGGAAAUGUCUUGGUAUCUUGAUUCGGCAUGUUCAAACCAUAUGACGGGGAACAGAAGUUGGCUGGUCGAUCUGGACUCCAUGUCAAGAGCAUCGUUUGUUUUGCUGACAAUAGUAUGA